CAAGCUCCUGCUCUGUACCGGGUUAACAGUCAGGCUGCCGCACGAGGUUGGGCUGAGGGGGAUCAAAGAUGCGCUUUUUGAGCUUCACAUCCGUUGUUUUACUACAGCUGACUUUCUGCGCUGUACUGCAUGGUGCCAAAUGGACAUACAGUGGGCCAGAAGGAGAGCACCACUGGUCCAAGAAUUAUCCAUAUUGUGGUGGAGCUUUCCAGUCUCCAAUAGACAUCAAGUCAGAGCUGCUAAGGUUCGACCCAACUUUGCGUCCAAUUGAGGUUCAGAAUUACAACCUGUCCCCCCAUGAGCAUCUCACUCUUGGAAAUAAUGGACAUUCUGUGCAAAUCUCCCUGCCCUCUAAGAUGCACAUCUCCAGCCUGCCUCAUCGUUACACUGCAGCUCAGCUUCAUUUCCACUGGGGCUCCUCCAGCAGACCUGCCGGCUCUGAACACAUGGUUAACAGCAGACAGUAUGCAGCAGAGAUGCAUGUGGUACACUUCAAUUCAGACAAGUACCCCAAUAUGUCCACAGCUGUGGACAAAUCUGAUGGCCUGGCAGUGCUGGGUGUCCUGAUUGAGGUUGGUGAGUUUAAUCCUGCCUUUGAACAGUUUCUGAAGUUCAUUAAUGGCAUCAAAUACAGAGAUCAGAGAGUACAAGUGCCUGGUUUCAACAUCAGAGCGCUGCUGCCUGCACGUUUGGAUGAGUAUUAUCGCUACGAUGGGUCACUCACCACUCCUCCUUGCUAUCCUAGUGUACUGUGGACUGUGUUCAGGAAUCAUGUAACAAUAUCUCGCAAACAGUUUCUGACCCUGGCAACAGCCCUCUACUCCUCCCAUGCCCAGGACUCAGCCCCUGUGCCACUGAAUGGCAACUUCAGGAAACCGCAGCUUGCUGACAGCCGAGUUGUGCUGGUAUCUUUUAAGGAGGGCAGAGGACUGCAUGGUACUCUUACAGUCACAUCUCCACUCACGAGGAAGCGAAUCGUUCAGCAGCUGCUGGUUGGCGACCUAGCAGACCUGGCUGAUGAAGGGCUCUAUCAGCUCCUACCAAGUGGCUCAGAGAAGCUCCAAGUUGGCAAGAAGAAAGACCUCAAGAACGAGCAGAGUGAGACUCUGGCCAAGUCCAAACAACAGAUGUUGAAUCCAUUCCUGCGGAAGAAGAGCCAGACCAGCCACUCUGUGGGAAAGUUAGGGGUGGCUGAAGAUGCACUCUGCUACGUCUCACUGGAGCAGAGAGUUUUCCAUCAGCUCAAACAGUUCCACACUGAGAACCAGCUGGUUCAUGCUCUCAGAGAUGCAGUUUUCCCUGAGCUCAACCUCAAGAGCUACCUGGACUGUAAAUCAGAUUUAGCCCUCCCCACUAUCAGGCACAUUCUCCGUGGACGGCCAACAGACGAGGCGACUGAGUUGAAUCGCUCUCUGACAAAAGCCUUGAUGAAUCAGAAGAAGACUUCCACAGCCAUCAAGCAAAGUGUGCCAAUGACAAACUAUGGUAGUCUCUCUCCUGCCAUUGUUCCCAGGAAACCACACAGCCAAGGUUAUCCACAUCCUUGGCUUUUGCCAAUGGAGUGGGAAGACUAGAGAGGUUCCUCACAUAGUUGAGACUCACAUUAUGUCACUUUCAGUUGUAGACAUCAGUUGUGUGUCCUACAAUGAAAGACUAAUUUUCAAGCCGCACCCUGCAUUCCUUUGACCGAUGGUUCUCACAAAUGUGUUUAAUAUUUAAAUUAUUCUUUCCAGUAUGUGCACAUAAUUCUAGGUUCUAUCAGAAAAAGACUGUAGAUUUAAUUUACUGUAGUUAUUGUUUUUGCAAGCUUACUCAUAUGCAUAACCACUCAUCACCAGUGACUGUGCUCAGUAACACAAGCAGAUUCUAAAACAUUAAGCCGAACUGAAUGUGUUGAUUUUUGUCAUGGAAAUUUGCCAAGGAAAAGAAAUGGUUUCUUUUUCACAAUGACUGAAAUCACCAUAACUUUACCUUUGAAUAAACAUCAUCAAAGCUCAUAUUUCGUGCUUGAAAAUAUGCAUCAAGCAUAUAGAUUUGCAUAUUGUAGUACACAAAAUGGCUGGCAUGGAACAUUUAUAAUGUUCUACAGUGUGCCAAGUUCAGUUCUAUAGUAUGGAGCUAACUGGUAAUUAUUGCCUUGCACAAUAUAGAGAUGCAGCUAAACCAAAAGAAUUUGCAAGAGCUUAAGCGCUUUACAUGAGAUCCCUGUCUUUUCCCACAAUUUGUUCAUCUCUUCAAAUUGCAGUUUUCAGUAAGGAUACAGCUACUGUACAGUACAUAAGGAACUAUUUUCAAUAAAAGCAUUAUACUUGA